AUGUCUACCCUGGAGGAUGGAACCUCGGAGGACCGAGUCGCUAACGACGAGUACAAAAUUUGGAAGAAGAACACGCCGUUCCUAUACGAUUUGGUUAUGACGCAUGCUCUGGAAUGGCCUUCGUUGACUGUUCAAUGGCUUCCACUUGCCGAAAAAGUUAGUGACUUCCAAGUUACUCCAUUAAAAUGAACGUUUUCUAUACAGGACAGCAAAGACUUCACAACUCAUCGUCUCAUUCUCGGAACGCACACUUCCGAUGAGCAGAAUCAUCUUCUCAUUUCAAAGAUAUGCAUGCCAACUGACGAUGCUCAGUUUGAUUCGUCUCGCUAUGACACUGAGCGCAGCGAAUACGGAGGCUUCGGAUCUGUCAGCGGAAAAGUUGAGCCCGACGUGAAAAUCAAUCACGAAGGAGAAGUGAACCGCGCUCGCUACAUGCCUCAAACGUCGAACAUCAUAGCCACAAAGUCGCCAUCGGCUGACGUCUACAUUUUCGACUAUGAGAAGCACGAGAAGAAUCCGCCGGCCAACACUUUCAACCCGCUCAUCAAGUUGAAAGGACACACCAAGGAGGGAUACGGACUCUCCUGGAACCCCAACCGAGCUGGCUUGAUUCUCUCUGCAUCAGAUGACCAAACUGUCUGCCAUUGGGACAUCAAUGCAAACCAGAAUGUUGCUGGCGAGUUGCAGGCCAAGAGCAUGUUCAAAGGGCAUGACUCCGUGGUGGAAGACGUCGCUUGGCAUGUUCUGCACGACGGAGUCUUCGGAUCUGUCGGAGAUGACAAGAAAUUGUUAGUUUGUAUCACUCAUUCUUUUUUACUCAAAAACAUUUGAUUUUCAGGCUCAUCUGGGAUGUUCGUCAGCCCCAGCCCGUCCACUCCAUCGAUGCACACAAUGCCGAAGUGAACUGCCUCGCUUUCAAUCCGUAUUCCGAAUUCAUUCUUGCCACUGGAUCCGCCGAUAAGACCGUCGCUCUCUGGGAUCUUCGCAACUUGCGUCUCAAACUUCAUUCAUUCGAAUCGCACCGCGACGAAAUUUUCCAAGUUCAAUGGAGUCCGCAUAACGAAACCAUUCUCGCGUCGAGCGGAACCGACAAACGCCUUCACGUGUGGGAUCUGUCCAAAAUUGGCGAGGAUCAGUCGGCGGAAGACGCCGAGGACGGACCGCCGGAGCUUCUGUUCAUCCACGGAGGUCAUACGGCAAAGAUCAGCGACUUCUCGUGGAAUCCAAACGAGCCAUGGGUGGUGUGCAGCGUCUCGGAAGACAACAUUCUGCAAGUGUGGCAGAUGGCCGACAACAUCUACAAUGAGAUCGAAGAUGACGUUGCAUCGGAUGUCGUCGAGCGCGCGCAGUAAAACUGCUUUUUCUAACUUAUUCGUAUUAUUCAUCCUUGCAUCUCUUCUUCCCUUCACACCUAAUCCAUCAAUCUGUUCGCAUUAUAUUUUUCCCCCCGCCGCUGCAAAUCUGUAAAUUGUCCUAAAUUUCUAAUUUAUCCUUUUACCAUAAUUAUUGAUUCGAAAUAAAGUCGAUGGUUGUCUCGAUUUCUCGCUUUUUUUCAAAACGUUUUUGCUGUUGUUCUGUGAAUGUUGUGAUAGCACUAAUACUUGUACUUCUUCCGCAUCACACCUCUAGUUCCACACCACCUCUUCUUUUUUUACAGCAUAAUGAGCGACACGGAGUGCGAAGACAAACCAGUGAGUCGGGAGCACAGAGUUUGGAAGAAAAACGCGCCAUUCCUGUACAACACGGUCAUCACGAAGGAGCUCGAAUGGCCCUCUCUGACUGCUCAAUGGAUGCCGGACGUCAUCAAAGUGAGCUCAUUGCCCAGUUGUAUCACCUUCCAAACUCUUCGUUUUCAGCCUGAAGGCGUUGAAACCUCAGUGCACCGGAUGUUGCUCGGCACGCACACGAACAAUGUUCAAAAUUUCCUGAUGAUCUCAAAAUUGACGAUUCCGACACAAGAGGCUCAAAUUGACCCGUCGAAAUGGAAUUCGGAAAGCGAAGAGUUUGGCGGAUACGGAGCCUCCAGUUCGGCCAAACUGGAACAUGAAAUUCGAAUUAAUCAUCCGACAGAAGUGCACCGAGCACGGUACAUGCCGCAGAAUCCGAUUAUAAUCGCGAGUCGGGGAACGGAGGACGAUGUGUUCGUUUUCGAUUACACGAAACAUCCGUCCGAACCGCACGACAACGGCUUCCGUCCGCAGUUGCGACUGAAAGGACACCGCGGCGAAGCGUACGGUUUAUCGUGGAACAAACUGAGAGAGGGCAUUCUGAUCACCGCCGGCUAUGACCAAUCGGUGAGGUCAGUUAUCGAGAAAAUUCAUAAAAUCUUCUUGCAGAUCUGUCUAUGGGACAUUAAUUCGAACCAGACAGUGUCCGGGGAAGUGGGCCCGGUUUCUCGUUUCGGAGGACACAGCGGAAAUGUCGAAGAUGUCUGUUUUCAUAACUUCCACGAAAACAUCUUCGGAUCGACCGGAGACGACUGUAAACUGUACUGAAAUGAUUGCAUUUCCUAUUUCUCGCUAUUUUGUUCAGAAAUCUUUAUGAUCUGCGUGCCGACAGACGGCCCCGACUGUCCGUCAUUGGCCAUACUGCCGAUGUGACCUGUCUCGCAUUCAACAACCAUUCCGAAUACAUUCUUGCCACUGGAUCAGAAGACAAAACGGUGGCUCUCUGGGAUAUGCGAAAUCUGAACAGGAAGAUGUACACACUGCACAAUCACGUCGACGAAAUAUUCCAAGUGCAGUUCAGUCCCCACUAUGAAACUGUUCUGGCUAGCAGUGCUUCCGAUGAGUAAGUCCUUCUACGGAGUUUUCGGCAAAUCGCGUUCGUUUCAGCCGUGUCGUCGUGUGGGACAUUUCCAAAAUCGAUCCCACCUCGGCAUCCUCGUCCCGUGCCGACGCCGAGGACGCGACCCGUCCAGAAGUGAUCUUUAUCCACGGCGGUCACGAAGGAAAAGUUGCCGACUUCUCGUGGAACCCGAACCGUCCGUGGACUGUUUGCAGUUGUGACGAGUACAAUGAAUUACAUGUGAACAACCACCUUCCCGAACAUUUCAUUAUUCUCUAUUUUUGCAGGUAUGGGAAGUGAACGGCGAUGCAACUAUUCGCGAUGACGAAGACGGACCCACCGAGUCCACCACUAACCCACUCCCGACUGUCAGGCCCCCGGCUGCAGGUCCCUCAUUCGUUCCUGGUUCUUCCACCGUUGCUGGUCCUGUUCCGCCCCCUUCCUCAUGAAACUUACCUAUUUUAUCUCCUUUUCUGCUAAUUUAUCAUUUUCCUCAUAUUUGUCGAUCUUUCCCUGUUUGAAAAUUCCACCGAUUCCGAUGAAUGAAUGAUUCUCUGCUCGAUUUACUCAAACAUUUGGUGAUUUCCGCUUCAUUAUUUCUCGGCGCUACGACGGAAUAGAACUGUUACAAUUUGGAACUCGCAGUUCUAUUUUAACGUUGCGAGUUCCAAAUCGUAACAGUUCUAUUCCGUGUUAGUUCUAUUCCGUUAACGUGCCUAUUUUUCUUGUUUACAAUGGAGCGCACUUGCUGCGCCGCUGCGCCGCUGCCCCGCGAACUCAGUUUAUCAAUCAAUCAACCAGUUUUCUCAUUGUACUUCAAAAUAGCUCCAUUUGCAGUUAACAAAAAUGCUGAGGAAUUGGAGAGUAUUGACCCGAAAUUUUGCAAGUGUGGGCGAAGAAGCGGUGCCGAAGGUCGACGUCAGUUUGUGAGUUUUGCUUAGUUUUUGUUGUUCUUAAAUAAUGAAUUAUUUUCGCUUUCAGUCUCCGCCCGCGCCACAGAAUCAUUGCCUCCGGCGGAAUGCCUCCUGUCCAAUUCGACUCGGAACGCGAACGUUCCGCACGUCGCGAACGCUUCGGGAAGUACGGAUUGGCGAGCGGAGUGCCCGUCGAGGAGCUCUACCCGACUGCCGAAGAGAUCGAGGAAGAGGAGGCGAUCGGACUGUACAGAGAGCUGAACGACGUAAAGAAGGAAUACCUGGAGCUGCAGAAAAAGAAGAAGGCGGCCGAAACGGCGAGAUUGGCCGAGCUCGAGAAGAACUUGAAGAAGUACCCAGCCGCUCUGGCGAAGUACGAAGCGUCGCUGGUGAAACAGGAGAAGGAGAAGGACGAGAAGGAGUUGGCGUUGGAGAAGAGGAUCCGGGAUAUUCAGGAGUAUUUCGGAUAUUGGAUGGACCCGAAGGACCCACGAUUCGAAGUGAUGCUGCAGCAGAAAGAGGCUGAAGAGAAGAAGGCGGCGAAGAUGGCAAAGAGGGAAGAGAUUCAGAAGAAAAGAUACGCCGAGAACGUGCAAUGA